AUGUCUGAAAUUAAAAAGGAUGAAGACAGUGGGGCAAGCACUUCAGUAAGCAAAGCAAGCAAAAAUGCUUCCAAUAAGCGGCAAAACAAAGAUGACACCUGGGACCCUUCACAGAUGAUGAAGAAACCAAAGCAGAGCCAGUUUGCCCCUAUAACUGACUCAGAAGUGGCCUUGGUCAAUGCCUAUCUUGAACAGAGACGAGCCAGGCGUCUUUCUCAGUUUAACCAGGUGAAUCAGAAUCCACAAGACAGCGAUACUACUGAGUGUGACAGUGAAGAGUCUAAUUCGGGAGCCUCCUCUUGGAAGGAGAGUGAAAGUGAACAUCACCCAUCACCAGACAGUAUGAAGAGGAGGAAAACAGCUCAGAGGCAAAGGAGUCUUGGAAAUUACCAAAUCAGAGAAAAGCCCUGCCUCCAUUGCAAAGCCAUGAGGACCAAUGAAUGGUUGACACGCCAUUUCCCACAAAAGGCUUCAGGAACACCCCCAAUGAAAGGGGAGCCUCAAGAAGAAAAUUGCACACCUGACAUUAACACAAAAUUCAGUAAAUUCUGA